CUUUUUCUUUCCUCAGAAGCGAAUCGAGAUGUUAGGUGAGUUGAAUUGUAAGAAGCCUGCUGCGCGCGAAUCGAGUAGAAAAGUUGCCCCGGUGCAUUUCAGUGAUGUUUACGAUGGAGCGGUGUUCUCGCUCGAUUGGAAGUGUUAGUCGGGUGCGAUCGCGUUUCUGUGUUCGGACUUACACAAAGAAUGUGGAUAACUCUGGAUUUAAUUUAUAGAAUUGUUGGAUUUUGGAUAAUCUAGCGAAUGCUGCCUUUUGGUCUGACUCAGAAAUGAGACGACUUUGGUAUGCCAAGUAUGCGGUCACUCUGCUGGCAUCCACAGCCCUUACUUUCCAUCUUUUGCAUUCAAAUACUCAUGUAAAAGUUGACAAAGAAAAUAUCUUUCCUGAAGAUGCUGAAAGAACUAUUGCCAGCAAGGCAGGUUAUUCGUUCACGAAAAGCAACAGCUUUCUGAGACGAAAACUGUCUCAAGGAAUUUUUGCAACUCCUCGUCAUCGUGUAUCUCCUCCUGGUUGGAUCGUUCUCCCAGGGAAUGUAACUGUUCACGAUGGAGAUGAUCGUGUACCUAUGGAUAUUUCAUUUGAAAUCAGUGCUGAAAGUAUUUGCAACGACUUUGAUUCCUCCAGAAGGACGUUGCUGAUAUUCGUAGCUUCUAGUGCUGACCAUUUCGCUCAGCGAAAGGCCAUACGCAACACUUGGGGUCUGAAAUUGUUGCAAUAUGCUUACAACUAUAGAAUAGUAUUCCUUCUAGGGAAAGGUGACAAUGAUGUUCAGUCAGAGAUAGAACAUGAAGGAUAUCGAUAUGGUGAUCUAGUCCAAAUUAAUUUAACCGAAUCGUUUCGAAAUCUUGGUCGGAAGUCCGUGGCAGGACUACACUGGUCAAAGAACUAUUGCUCCAAGGCUGAUUUUGUGAUGAAGACAGAUGAUGAUAUAUUGGUGCAUGUACCGAAUUUACUCAAAGCUUUGGAGGGCUAUAGAAAUGCCGACUCAUUACUGAUGUGCCAUGAAAACAGAAUGCGAAAAAUUCUUCGCAAAGAACUGCUAGAUCGCACAGAUCUGCCAUUAAGUUACCACAAAUAUGAGGUCUCCCAAAACGAAUUGCCUGGACAGUAUUACCCACCCUAUUGCUCUGGUAUGGCCUACGUGUUCACAAGCUCUGCUAGAGACAGACUUCUUGAAGCUAGUUUGGCAACGCCUGUUUUCUUCAUUGAGGACGUUUACUUAACUGGUUUCUGUCGUCAUAAGGCGGGUAUUAUUAUUAAACCACAUUCUGGCAUCACCCUUCGACCUCCGAUUAACGUUCACCAGGCUUCGUGUAGUUUUCGAGAUGGUCGCAUCACUUCACAAGAAGUAGGCGCUGAUGAACUUAACCUAAUGUGGGUGGAACUCAACACCCAAGGAUUCUUCUGUCCUCAAUUACUUGGUUAUGCCAACAAGCAUAAGGAAUUUGACUCGGUUAAAAAUGAGAUUUCUAGUCUCCGAAAGAGAGUUAAUUGACUUUCGCUACUGAAAGGAAUGAGCAAAAAAUAGGACUUACGGAAAGCAAAAUUCAUUUGUUAUACACAUGUCACAUAAUUUGCUCUUAAUGUUACGUGUCCUUAAUCUGGGUGUUUGCUACGAAAAUGAAAUCAUUGAAAAAAAACUUGAAAAUCUUUGGUUAAAUCGAGAGUAUUUUAAUUUGAUUUGAUGUAUUGCAUGUCAUUAAACUCUUUAUUCCAUAUGAAUGGAAGUGUAUAUUUUAUUAUAUAUCAGAAACUACAUUAACUCAUUUUUGAUGAAAAAAUAAUGCAGUCAAUUCGUGGUGGAUUGCAAAAAGCUGAAGAUUGCUCCACAAAUUUAAUAGACGUUUUAUUAAUAACAUCUAAAUUUUAGAAAAUGUCUUUUGAAAUUUUAAUGCAUUUAUUUGUUUUGUAAAGAAUCUGUAUAUGAAUAUCCUGUUUCUCAUUUCAUAUGUAAAGCUCAGCAUGCAUUUAUAUAUAAAUUACAACAAAACAGUUUAGAAAGCAUAGCUUUUAAUAAAAAUCUUCGUUCUCUCUGAUUCUAGAAUGAUUAUUAAUCUUUUUUAUUCAUCUAAUAAUUCCUUUCAACAUAUAAGAACUACUAAUUCUGAAUGCAAAGCAAAAUUCUUUUUUCAUAUAAAUUUUUCUUGGAUUUAAAAGUAUAUAUUAUAUAUAUUUGCUUUAAGAAAAUAAAGCAUUUUACAGAUAAUUUAAAUUUUCUGAAGGGAUUCUAAACUUAUGAAAUUUUAUAUAUACCUCGUAUAUAAGCAAAAUGAAAUAUAUUUCAAAUCACAUCUGGUUUAAAACUUCCAGUUAUAGGAUACAAUAUCCAAUCUCUUAGGAUUAAUGUCAUUUAGAAUUAAAGAGUGAAAUCAAACCAAUAUCUGAGACAAUGUAUGUUAAUUGUAACCAGGUAGUCAAUUCUUAUCAUCUUCGUCAAUAAAAUUAGUGUUGAUAUUUAUUAUAUAA